AUGCUUCGUUCUCCCUCUCCCCCGACAACUCAAGUCGACCUCGUUCUCCUUUAUUUCCUCAUCCCGAAGGCUGCUUCCAGGAGACUGCUGCACGGUGAUGGCGAAAUUCAACGAGCAGAUUCCCGCAGGUGCUUACGAGGAUGCGGUAUGGGCAGAACAUGCUCCUUGGGCUUCCACAAGAGACGCACGCACGCAAACGCCCGUCUCGCCGCAACCGCACCUCCUAAUGCCGCGCAUCUGCUUCGCCGCCUUGACGUCGGGUGA